UAAUAUGUGCACAGACUCUCUCUCUCUCACACACACACUAAUAAGUCACUUGCACAGGGAAGAGAGAGAGAGAUGUUGCAGCACUGCAAUCAGAACCAUGAGUUUUAUCCAUGUACAGAAGAUUCUGCAGCCCAAUGGUCCCUGAAAUAAAUAUACCUACUCUACUCCCUCCCUCCAAAGCCCAAAUACUGAUCUCUCUCUCUCUCUCAUAUUUUUUUGUUCUUGCUCUGUAUUUCCUCAACUUUUGCUUGCUUCCUUCAGCUGUGGGCUUGAACAUAUCGUGUAUGUGCAUAUGAUGAGUGGUGGAAUGAGCAGCAGAUUCCCCUUCACAGCCUCACAGUGGCAAGAGCUGGAGCACCAAGCCCUCAUCUACAAGUACCUCAUCUCUGGCAUCCCAAUCCCUCCUGACCUCCUCUUCUCCCUCAAGAGAAGCCCCUCCUGCUUUGACUCCUCCCCUUUCUCUCCCAAGUUCCUGUCUCACCAACCCCAACAUGUGGGUGCAGUGGGAUGGAACUGUUUCCAAAUGGGUCUGGGGAAGAAGAUAGACCCAGAGCCAGGGAGGUGCAGAAGAACAGAUGGGAAGAAGUGGAGGUGCUCUAAAGAGGCCUACCCAGAUUCCAAGUACUGCGAGAGGCACAUGCACAGAGGCAAGAACCGUUCAAGAAAGCCUGUGGAAGUUUUGUCAUCAAUCUCAUCUGCUUCACCAACCCCAACACCAAAUGCAUCAAUCACCCCCUCCAACAAAAGCCCCUACUACUCUCAUAGUCCAGCCACAAACCCUCAGUCCCUCUCCUCUCUCUCCAGCAAUGACCAUUCCCACCACAACCACCCAAACCAUCCUCACCAUUCUUAUUACUUCUCUUCAAGGCCACCUGGGAACAUCGCUUUGUCUGCGCAAGACAGCACCACCACCAACUUCCUGCUCGACUCUGGCUCAUAUUCCCAAAGCAGCCAAGAUUACAGGAAAAACAGGUACCUUUACGGGCUGAAGGAGAACCACGUGGAUGAGCAUGCCUUCUUUGCAGAGCCAAGUGGGAGCAUGAGGAGCUUCUCUGGUUCAUCCAUGGAUGACUCUUGGCAGCUCACACCACUCACCAUGAGCUCUUCCUCGAAGCAGAGGAGUUGCUCGGCCUUAGAGAGCGACUACUCCUACUUGCAGCUUCAGAGCCUGAGUGAUGUCUCGAAGCACUACAAGCAAGACGUGAAGGGUGAGCUGAUGAUGCCCAUGAAGAUGGAGAGAGAUGAGGAGGAGCCCCAGAAGACGAUCCACAGGUUCUUCGAUGAAGGGCCGAUGAAGAGCAGAGACAACAGUUCUUGGGUUGAUGUGGAAGACAACAAGUCAUCGAAUAGCUCAUCCAUGUCGACGACCAAGCUGUCCAUUUCCAUGCCCUCUUCCUCAAACGACUUCCCAGCAUUCAAUUCCAGAAGAAAUUAUGAUGGUUGACCCCUGAAAGAAGGACUAUCUCUGGGGAUCUGAAAGCUGUGACUACUGUGUGUGUGUGUGUGUGUCCUGAGAGCGUUCUGGACUUCCAUUUUCUUCUUGUACGUCGGGGGAUUUCUUUUUUUUUUUUUUUGCUUUGUUAUUUUUUUGGGUGGUGGGUGUUGCUAGAGAUGAGUUGGAGUUUGAUUCUAAAGUUAUGUCAUUUCUUGCUUGAUAGACCAAGAAGAGUGCUUUAGUUAUCAAAUCUUUUUCAUUGUCCUUUCUCCGCAUUCCCUUUUAUGACAGAUGAGAUCUUUUUAGGUGGGUUUUGUUUUUGAAUGCAAGAUUGUUUCUUGGCAAGGUGA